AUGGUGAAUGCGCAAAGGAAAGAUUGGUCUAAGAAAUUAGACGACGCAUUUUGUGCGUAUAGGACUGCUUAUAAGAGACCCAUAGCGACUUCUCCCUAUUACAUCAUAUUUGGGAAAACAUGUCAUGUUCCGGCAGAAUUAGAAAACAAAGCUUAUUGGGCGAUUAAGAAGUUGAACUUGGACCCUGAGCUAGCCGAUAGAAAGAGAGUGGAUAAUAUGCAUGAACUUGAGGAGUUUAAACGUCACGCGUAUGAGAAUUUCAAGCUGUAUAAAGAGAAGACGAAGAGGUGGCAUAACAAGCACAUAGUAACUCGUACCUUCAAUCUGGGAGAGAAGGUACUACUCUUUAACUCUAGAAUUAGGUCAUUCCCAUUAAAACUAAGGACGAAAUGGAGUGGACCUUUUGAAGUGGUAAGAAUGACACCAGACGGGGCUGUGGAACUAAAAGGAUAG